UCUUGUUUCUCAGAAGGCCCGCGUAAGGUUGUGUGGUGGUAUUUAUUCUCUUCAUAGUUGAGGGAAGGUUUUGUUUUUUUGUGUGUAUGUGGACAGGACCGUGUCCAUCUCUGCGCCUGAUUCCAACGUGGAUGACAAAGUGGUGCGCAACACGUAGCAGCGCGCCAGUUGGAUUUUACGCAGUUUCCAGAGACAAGCCGGAGACGCUUUUUUUCUCCCUGCGUAGCAACAGGUGUGAACCGUGAAGCGCGGUCGUACAACCAGAUCGCUGGGCAAACAUCAUUACCGACGACGUUUCGCCGUUUCCUCAAGUGGCCGAGACAUGACGGGUCGCAUUUGCGUGCUCUUCCUGCAUCUGAUGCUCCUGAGCGACGCGGCCAGAGUCAAGAAGAAGGCGCCGCGGAGCCGGCCAUGUCUGGAUUUGCCGGAGGAGAUCCUGGAGCAGAUGUUCGGCCGGCUGUCGGUGGGAGUCCUGAACGCCUUCCACCACACUCUGCAGCUGGCGCCGCUGGAGAGACGGAACCUGACGUGUCCGUCCGCAGCGGCGCGUCCUCCCCCCGACGCGAAGUCUCGCAUCCCCGUCAACUCUCUCAGCCUCUCCCCGUGGGCAUACAGGAUCACCCAUGACCCGGCCAGAUAUCCCCGUUACAUCCCCGAAGCCUACUGCCUCUGUAAGGGCUGUCUGAUGGGCCCACAUGGCGAGGAGAGUGACCAGUACCGCAGUACCCCGAUCUACACCCCCUCCGUCAUCCUGAAGCGCACAGGAUCCUGUGUCGGGGGUCGCCAUUCUUACACCGAGACCUAUGUCUCCAUCCCGGUCGGAUGCACCUGUGUGCCGCUGUUGGAGAAAGACAGGGACGGACAAAGGAGUAACCAGAGCACAGAAAGGGUGCAGCUGAAGACCAAGGAGCUGAGUUCUGCAGGCAAAAAUGUAUAA